UUAUUUCGAGUUGUAAAUCUAUUCUAUCUUGUUAUUAGUUGUUGGUACGACUAGUUACCUUCGAAGAAUAAUUUCCGAUUGUUUAUUGCAUAGUUAAUUAUGGCAUUGUGUUGCUGUUGGGUGUUGUAUCGUUGAUGUCGACCACGAGAGAAAAUCUUUUAAAAGGAAAGAGAAAAGGCAACAGAAGUCAAUCGAGUGAGCAUCUCCGACCCGGCGACAACUUCAUUCUUCGUCGUAUUAUCAGGAUCCAGAUGAUUUCACCACAACUUGUGCUGCUCCUCAAGCUACACUACCAAAGCGCUACAGUACUACACCGAGGCACCUACUGAGACUACGCAACUACGUAUGCUGCCCCAACCUACGACACCGAGGCUCCAGCUUAUUACAUCACCAAGGCUGUCGAAUUCUACACUGGAGCGCCCAAGUACGACAGAAAUCAGUCAAGUGAGCUUCUCCGACACCCAACACGGCAAUCCCGAAGUUUCGAAUAAACUUCGUUUCAAACAGUGGAACGGCAAAGAGUGAAGAACAAGACAAAUUCGACUGCAAUCGCGUCGAAUUGAAUAGUAAAGAUAACAUAUUCGUACGUGUACACCGCGCCGUUAAACUUGACAUUUUUGGUCGGCAAGCCGCACUUGACGAUGGCCGUACCAUCACCUACGACAAGUGCGUUAUUGCCACAGGUGUUAAACGAAAAUCUUUUCCAAUCCCUGAGCGGUGCCCUUAAAGAUGCCCACGAGCACGUAGCGCUGUUCCGCAACAUCGAUGGCGGUAACAUAGGUCGAGUUCUCCGUCCUCCUAAAUAUUUGAGCCAAUGGACAACCGAGAAGGUGAAAGCGGAAAGUGUUAAUGUUUUGCCCAAAACUAAUGUUGAGGGUGUAAUUUUGGAAGACUACAAGGCCGCAUUGACCUUAAACAAUGGUCAAAAGUUUGAAAUGAAAGUUUUCGUAAUUCCGGUUUGGGAUUCAAAUGUUGCCGGUCUGGACAUGUCUGGAAAACGACAGGGCGCCCGUAGCGUUAGAUCCGCCGAAGAUCGUCGCUAUCAUGACGUCGACACGGAAAUGAACGGCCGUUUCAUCACCUCCAACGACAUCCAAAUGGCGGAAUGCAGAAAAUCAAGGCCAGCCCGGAAUGGAACGCAACUGGAACUAGGAUCGGAGGUGGAUCAGCGCCCAAUCCAGCGUCCGGCUGUUUCGAUGUCGAUCGCUGAUAUCCAAUUCAUUCAAGGUAUGGAAUCAUGUCAAUUCAUUUACCACCAUAGAAUAUUUCGCAGCUCAGUUUGGAAUUCGUUGGCAAUGGUCGAAUCGAUCGAUGACUGAAGCGCAGCUGAUCUACAGCUAUGAUAGGCCUAUACUCUUUAUUUUUCCUUCAAGUUUGUGAUUGGCCAUCGUGUUUAUUUUUAGGCUUGUUGACUUGAAUCAUUCGCAUUUGAUUUAGACUUGCUACUUUUCUUAUUUCCUUACUGCCGAAGUUUUUGUUUGUUUGUUUUCAUAUUUUGAUUCAAAAGAAUUUGGAUGGAAUAUGAUGGGGAGUUUUCUUCAUUCGAGGGUGCAGGUUUAAAUGAAUAAUGGAGAGUGGGGGGUUAAAAUCGGAUAAAAUUGUAAGUUUUAAAGCUAGAAAAGAGAAAAAAGGUAUAAAUAAAAAAAAAGAAAUCGGGUCGGAAUACUGAUGACACGUUCACCCAACAACAGCUGUUGAUCUACAGCUAUGAUAUACCCUUUAUUUUUCUUUAAGUUUGUGGUUGGCCAUCUUGUUUAUUUUUAGGCUUCUUGACUUGAUGAAUCAUUCGCAUAUAAUUUGGACUUGUGCUUUUCUUAUUGCCAUACUGCCGAGAAAAAAGAAACGUGACUUUUUCUGGGCUCUAGAUAUUGUGAAUUUCAAACAUUCAUACAGCGGCACUGUCGGAAAAACUAAAACAUUUCUAUGAUGUGAUGGGUUAUAGUCAUACUUCGUUUAUUAUUCCAACAGAGUGCACCUUAUUUAUUCAUCGGAAUCAUUCAUCUUUUUAAAAAAAUGCUGAUGGGACACGAGGUCUAAUUGACUUGUGCCAGCACCACUUUAUUAUGGGAAAAUGAUUCGAUGGUGACUGAUGAGUCAAUUUUGUUGAAUAUCUACUAAUCUUAUCGCUCGAACAUUUUGACGGCUCAAAAACCGUUUGACUUAAAAUAACGCUCACCGUGCUGGGCUAAACAGUAUCGGCUUGACAUUAUAUUUAUUGCUUCACAAAUUUCCUGUUGACAUCUGUAGCCUAUUUUUUUAACUUAACAAUUUUCGUUUCAUUCGACUCGUCAUUUUAAGAUGUAAGCCACUUUUUUUCUUACGCUGAUGAACAGGAGAUGUCAUGUCCCUAAAAAGAAUAACCAAAAGUCAUAUGUUUGCUUU